AAUAGAUCGUAAAGGCAAAAUUAAUUGGAAUGGACGACGUUUUAAUUUGUGAUUACUAAUUUUACGAGUGGUAGUUCAAGAUGGCGACCAAACUCAUUCUACUGAUCCUACCUUCUUAUGCAGUUUCAUUAAUUCACCAAAAACCCGUAGCAGAGAAGGUGUGGAGUCAGAAAUGUACGAAGGGGUCCCACGUGCUCAACGACUGCAACUGGUGCCAUUGUGACAUGCAGCAUAAGUUUAACUGCAAGGCGCGCAUCUGCUCCGAGGUGGACAUGUUCGGACACUUCAAUGAUGCAAUCCGCGAAAUCGAUGUAGGAAUGGAAGGGCAUGGCGUGUGGCGUUCAUCCGAGACUCCCUGUGAGCCAAGAGUACACUAUCGUAGGAAGAAUUUACUCUGCGUGUGUGGAGACGAUGGAACUUGGCCCAACCCAGUCUGCCGAGACAUCUUCCAAAAUCUCCACCCUGUAGAAAUUAUAGAAGACAGCAAAAUUGAAUCACAAAAAUGUACUCCAAGCAAAUUCCACUUAAUAGGUUGUAACAUUUGCUUUUGUCCUACAACGGGUCGCAUAGAUCCUGAUUUUUGCACCAAAAAGAUUUGUAAUGACACAGAUCCGGCUAUUAAGAAAGAGGUAGAAGAAAAUGACGGUAUUCUAGAAGAGGUUUACCUUGAAUGUAACCGCACUAAACAAUAUAAACUCGGUUGCCAAACUUGCGAGUGUCUUAGAAACAAUAGACUACUUUGUGACAAUUGUACCAAAGAAAAAGAAUCUGAAAAAUACUGCGAUUCUGAAGGUAAAACGUUUAACAUAGAAUGCAAUACUUGCACUUGUGAUGAUAAAGGUCUGAUGCAUUGUACAACUAAGAAAUGCCUCUCUGGACCACACGUUGAAACACUAAAACACCAACUUAUUGUACCAGAUGAAGAAUUUACAGAAACAGAUAAACCAGUAGACGAUCAUGAUUGUGAACCUGGAACUUUAUACAAAAAGGAUUGCAAUAGCUGUUACUGUUUUAAUAAAAAUGGAAUGAAAAUGUUCGCGUGUACCUUCAACUCUUGCUCUCAUGACAUCCACAGUAAUUGCGUCCAAGAUACAGUGUACGAAAUGAAUUGCUUUAUCUGCCAUUGCGUAGUAGACGGGGAACGUACAAUGCAAGUCUGUUUAGUCGACAAUCGAUGUACAGAAGAACAGACGUUAAAACAACAGUCGAAAGAUUUAAGAUCGCUUCACGGGUACUGCGAACCCCUUCACACUUACAAAAGGGAUUGUAAUACGUGCAGAUGUAAUGCUGAUGGCAAAAGUGCGGUUUGUACGUCUAAGAAAUGUAGCUUUAAGCCAAAUAAACCGAUCUCCGUUGACAUCAUUCCGGUUAUCGAGAAGAUCGGGGUCUGUCCCGUAGGACAUUAUUAUAGAAUUGAUUGUAAUGUGUGCUUCUGUUUGUCUAAUGGUAAUGCUAUUUGUACCACCUCUGGUUGUAAAAAAUAUAUAUAUUAAAAUACUUUGAAGUAG